CAUGUCGAAUUUUAAAAUCGCUCCUCUCCAACACUCAGACUCAGGAGGACUCGAAUCGCAGAAUCAAUGAGAAUGAGAACUAGAUUUGUUUUCUGGCUCUUCUUCUCCGCAUAUUCGGCUUUCUUCUCAUACAUUGUCUCAGCAACUGAAUUCUCUUUAGUUGUUGCUCAGUCUACCACAUUACACCUAUCUCCAGGCCAGCGAGUAGAAAAGUCUCCAGGGUCUAAGCCUGACACUCUAAUGUUUUGUGAAAGAAUUCAAAUCCAUGGCUUGUCAAGGUUUAGAAAUAUGAGGAAGUUUGCACAUUCAUUGAAGGUGAAAGUUUCUUAUGUAAAUUCAAGUGCUCGUUUGCCAAACAUUGAGGUCUGUUUCCAUAGGAACGCAUCAUUGGAGUUAGGGAUGUGCCCCCAAGGGCAGUGGGAGAAACUAGUUAAAGGUUCAUGGGUUCGAUCCAUGUCACCUUUUGACCACAAGCUCAUAGAUGUACGGAUGGCUGGUUCAUCCUUAGAAACAGUUGAGGUCUCUAUUGAAGAAGUAUUCUUCUUGUAUCGCAUUCUAUUUUUGGUCCUGGGGAUAAUUAUGAUGACCUUGGCAUCUUCUUUGAGCAAGUCUUUAGUUUUCUACUACAGCAGUGCAAUGGCUGUUGGGGUCAUCCUUGUAAUAUUGAUGGUUCUUUUUCAGGGAAUGAAGCUUCUCCCAACUGGUCGAAAGAAUUCACUUGUGAUUUUUGCGUACUCAUCUGUUGUUGGCGUGGGAUCUUUUCUUCUACAAUACGUGCCAAGAUUGUUGCGUACAAUACUUGUGGAGAUAGGAAUCGGUGAAGACAUGUACUAUCCUCUGGCACUAUUUUUGGUAGUUUUUCUUGUUCUGGUUGGAGCUUGGUUGGGCUUCUGGGUUGUGCGGAAACUUGUCCUGACAGAAGAUGGAUUGAUUGACAUAGGCGUAUCUCAAUUUGUUGCAUGGUCCAUCCGUAUUUUCGCUACUGUUAUGAUUCUUCAGAGUACUGUGGACCCUCUAUUGGCUGUGGAAGCGUUGCUAUGUGGAAUACUGGUUUCAUCAAUAUUGAGGAGAAUCAGUAGACCAAGAUUUAAACGUUACCUGUACAAGAAAUUGUGCAGAACAGACAAGAGCAAUCACAAAAGAUCCGGAAUUCCCGAUUCAUCUCCUGUUAAAAAUUCUUAUGACAUAUACUUGCAGAGUAGUCAGUGGCCUGAAAAUUCUGAAUUCCAAGGGUCUCAAUCCAGACUCUUUACCAUGGUUCCAUGCAAAAGUCCUGUCCGAGGUUCAAACAGUACACCACGAAGUCAGUUGUCAGACUCAGAUACCUACUAUUCUACUUUUCACGACACACCCGAAAGGAGAAACUUCUCAAAGGAUGAAUGGAAAAAGUUCACCAAGGAUUCCACCAAGAAAGCAUUGGAAGAACUAGUUUCUUCUCCCGAUUUCAGCAACUGGGCUGUGGCUAAUGCAGAAAGAAUUACUUUAACUCCCAACAAAGACACUGCAAAUCAGCGCCGAGGCUGGUUUCCCUGGACGAGUAGUUAACGUGAACGGACCGCUGAACAGCACUGAAGCUGGUUUCUACUGAACGAGUAGUUAUUGUGGAUUUAACUAAUUUUAUCCGGCAAACAUUCUGCAAAACUUAGAAUGCACAGGCAUGAUGAUAAAGUUAGUCAACCUCAUGUAUGCAAGAAAAGUAGAACUGACAUAUUGUUGUAGAAUAGUAUUAGGCAGUGUUUAGUUGUCUACGGGUCGAAUAUGAUUUGUAUUUUAGACGCGUAAAAUCUACUUCUAGCUGAGCAGGCUGACCUAUUGGUUUGUGUAAAAGCUUACUAUUCUAACAUUAACUGUCUUUAACUUAGUGGCUUUGUGUAUUAGUUUUGCAUUCCAUUGUUAA